UUGCGGGAAAGUGUGGAACUGUGGAAUCAAAAACCCAAACAAUUUUUUAUCAGCUGGGAAAAAAAGGAUUUCUGCCCCAUGAAGGCAAAUUUAGUGUGUUUUGUGCUGUGAAUUUGACCAAUGGAUAUCUAGCAUGAGGAUAUGUAUGUCUUCAGAUUUCUUCUAUCCAAAUUGUGGAGGAGUGGAGGAGCACAUUUUCAAUCUCUCCCAGUGCCUCCUGGAAAAGGGGCACAAGGUUAUUGUUGUGACUCAUUCCUAUGAAGAGCGAACUGGAAUCCGAUACAUGACCAAUGGUCUGAAAGUUUAUUACCUUCCCAUUAAGACUUUUUACAAUCAAUGCAUCCUGCCCACGAUGAUCUGCAACAUCCCCCUCCUCAGAGACAUCCUUCUGAGGGAGAGGAUUGAGAUUGUCCAUGGGCAUUCAGCAUUUUCUGCCCUGGCUCAUGAGAUGAUGCUGGUGGCUUCUUUACUCAAUCUCAGGGUUAUCUUCACGGAUCACAGCCUGUUUGGGUUUGCUGAUCUCUCAGCAGUUGUCACAAACAAAUUCCUCCAAAUAUCCCUCUGCACCUGCAAUCACUGCAUCUGUGUCUCCCACAUCGGCAAGGAAAAUACCGUCUUGAGGGCUUCCGUUCCUGCCCACAAAGUCUCCGUCAUACCCAAUGCAGUCGACACUGCCCUAUUCACCCCCAAUCCCAUUAAAAGACCUCAGGAUAACACAAUAACCGUGGUUAUCGUUUCGCGGUUGGUUUACCGGAAAGGCAUUGACUUGCUGGUGGGAAUCAUCUCAAAAAUCAGUCAAAUGCCUGAAAUGCGCCAUGUAAGCUUCCUAGUAGGGGGAGAUGGUCCAAAGAGAGGUCUCCUGGAGGAGAUAAGAGAGAAGAACAACAUGCAGGAUCGAGUGACUCUUCUGGGAGCCUUAGAACAUUCCAAAGUCCGCGAUGUCCUGGCCAGAGGACAUAUCUUCCUCAAUACUUCCCUGACAGAGGCUUACUGCAUGGCAAUUGUGGAAGCUGCAGCCACAGGACUCCAGGUUGUGUCGACAAAAGUGGGAGGAAUUCCUGAAGUACUGCCAGAUGAAUUGAUCAUCAUGACUGAGCCAAGUGUUGAGGCACUCCUCAAGGGUCUCUUGCUAGCCAUUAAAAGACACAAAAAUCGACGAAAGUUACCUGGAUCUAGCUCAAAUGGAAUCCACAGAAAUGAUGCCAAAGCUGAAGAUAAGAAUGAAGUUCUCUGUCCUUUUGCUGCUAAUGCCCUCGUAGCUGAUCUCUACAGCUGGGACAAUGUGGCUCAGAGGACUGAAAAAGUCUACCAGAGAGUUCUCAGGGAACCUGAUCAACCUCUUGGGAAGAAACUUACCAGUUAUCUCAUCACUGGAGUGUGGCCGUAUUUGCUCGUUGUUUCUCUCUGUCACUUGAUCAUCAAGUUCUGCGAGUGGCUCACACCAAAAUCCCACAUUGAUAUUGUCAGGGAUUAUCCAUCUGGCCAGAAAACUCAGACUUUGCGGGCGAAGUCAAAGAAAAAGAAAAGGUAGUCAAUAUUUUGUUUAUUACAAAGUAAAAUUUUGUUAAAUAUAAAUUAGCAACAAUUUUCUUUUUUCUUGUUACGUCUUCUGCAAUAAAGUAUUUUUUACACAA